AUGAAGGUAGAUUUUCGACAUUCGAUUGGAUGGUUGUUCCUUAAAUCAGUUUUAGGGGAUAUUGAUCGUCCUUCUUUGAAUUAUCAAGACUUCGGUAACCAAUUAGGUAUAUUGGGUAAUUUUGAUUCAUUAUCAUAUUAUAAUAAUAUCAAUGAUACACAAGGUUUGUCGACGAACUCCAGUAAUGAUGAACAAAAUGAUAAUAAUGAAGGGAAAUUAUUCAUACGAGAUACUAAUCAUGCGAGGUUAUUUGCCAACACCAAUGGCCAGAUAUCUAAUUUACAGUUAUUAAGUGAUGAUACCAUAUUAAUAAAUGGGAACUUCACUGAUUUCAAUGAUGAAUCAUGUCAACCACCUAUAAUUUAUAAUAUCACCAGUGAAGAGAUCACCAGUAUAUUUACCACCUCAUCGAAUUCUAAAAGAGAAGAUUUACCUAAAUUAGAUGGUGAAGUUAAAACCACAUUCAUUGAUGGAGAUUUGAUUUAUAUUGGGGGAGAUUUCACUUAUAAUAAUUCAUCAUCAAUUGUCAUAUAUAACCAAACAUCCAAAGAAAUAAUAGAAACUCCAUUUAAAGGGUUUGGAAAUAAUUCUUUAGUUAAUGCCAUUACUAAAGUGUUUGAUGAUGACCAUAAAGAUUCAGGAUCCAUAAUAUUUGGAGGAAAGUUUGAUACUUUAGGUAUACCUGAGUUAUUACAGACCAAUUUAACUUGGUUUUCAAAUUCAACUAAUAAUACUAAUACUACCAAUACAUCAUUAAUAACAGCAGAACAAAUCCUUUCUUUAAAGCAUGGAAUAUUCACUGAUGUCAAUGGAGAUGGAUCAGAUCCUUCAAAAUUGAUAUGUCCUUCAACUUCCAGUCAAUGGUCACCUCAAAGUAAUUCAGGUGGACAAUGGUUGGUGGAAUUACCUAAUCAAAUGAAAGGUCUUACUCCUACCAAGGCAAGAUUAUAUAUACCUGAAGGUGAUGAUUCUAUUAAAUUAUUCAGAAUCUAUUCUUACCCAAAUAAUGGUAUAAUGAAUUUAACAUAUGUUGAUCCUACUACCAAUGAACUUAAAUAUUGUGAUGCUUGGUGCCCAUUAUCAACAUUAGAUGAUUUGAAGAAAGCUACUAGUGAAAACAUCGAUAAUUAUGAAGAUUUAAUGGAUUCAUUUGAUGAUGAUAUGGAAAUCUUUAUUGAUGAACAAGAUGGUAGUUAUUCUACUUAUUAUGAACCAUCUACUAAAACCAAAACUUUAACCUAUGCUAAUAACUUCCAAGAAUUUGCAUUUGAAAACGAAGUGGCCAUUGAUAAAAUUGGUAUAACUGUGAUUUCAUGGUAUGGAAGUAAAGGAUCUUUGGGAGGAUUUGAAUUAUAUUCUAAUUCUAUAGUAGUUUAUGGUAAUGAAACUUUAAAUGAACCAAAUUGUGAUAAAGAAAAUGGUGAUACAAACAAUUUAGUGGAAAUCAAUUCGGGGGAUUUUAAAGAUAUUUCAACUAUAAAUCCAUCAGUUGAUUCUGGUUAUAUGGUUUCUAGUAAUGGUGGUAAAGUUACUAUGUAUCCAAAUAUUACAUAUUCCGGAGACUAUUCCAUCAUAAUGUUAACCCCAGGUUGUAUUCAAGAUAAUUCAUGUGAAUCUAGAUCUAUUGUUAACGUGACAGUUUUUGAUACUGAAUCUAAUGUUUUAUCUACUAAUCAAAUAUGGCAAAAUAAUGAUUAUGAUAAAUUUGAUUAUUUAUUCUAUGGUCAUUUAGAUGGGUCAACCUUAUCAGAUGGACAAAACAGAGUUGAAAUUGAAUAUGAUACAGCAAUUGCUGGGUCCGAUCAAAUGAUUGUUAUUGAUAAAAUCAAAGCCAAUAUUGUUGAAUUGGAUAGUUAUUAUGAUCAAAAUUCCACCAAUCAUACCAGAAAUAGCCAUUCAUCUAAAGAUAAUAUCACAGAAAUCAAAUUAAAUGGUUUAUUUGAAUAUUCCUUAUCAAAUUUCUCAAAUUUUGAUAUAAACAGAGUAUUUAAUGGUACUGAUGAUGAUAAAAUGAUCUUAAAGACCAACACUUAUGUUGGUAAUUCAUCCAUUAAUGCCUUAAGUUCUCAAUUGAAUGGAAGUAUCACUCAAUUCAACUUGGAUAAUGAUUCUUUGAUCAUUUUAGGUGAUUUUGAUUCAGCUAAUUCCAAUGUCAUAAAUUUGAAUAUUGAUGACUAUAACAAUACUUCAAACUCAUCAGUAGUUAGUUUGGCUAAAAGAUCAGAUUUGAUGAAAAGAGAAGAUAUUUUCGGUGGUGAUUUCAAUACUUCCAUUACCAAGAUAAGUAAUUAUUAUGAUUCUCGUAUCUUAUUGGGUAAAUUCCAAGUAACUGACGAUUUAUUAAACUUAUCCAAUGAUAAUAAAUCGAUUUCUUCAGGUAACAAUUUCGUUAGUUAUGAGGAUUCUAAGCUUUAUGCUUUUGAUAAUGAUUUCAUCGAUGAAGACUUUGAUACUUUCACUAAUGUCACUAUUAAGGAUAUUGAAUAUUUUGUCUUCUCAUCAUCUUCCUCGGGUUAUUCAAAAACUUGGGAUAACACUAACAAAAAAUUCGCUGAUGAAAAGGAUCAAUUGAAUGUCACCCAAGUUCUUAACUUACCAAAUAAUCAACAGAUCAUUUCCGGUACUUCAUUUGAAAUUUCUGAUAUAUCCAUUAAUGAUAUUGCUUUCAUCAACAAAACUGGUAAUUUCACACAAAACGAUUUCAACAUUUCUGGUGAAAUCUUACAAUCUUAUUAUAUAAAUAGUUCAGUCAGUGUGAUUGGAGGGAAAUUUGAAUUUAACCAAUCAUCCACUACUUUCAGUAAUAUUGGAUUCCUCAAGAACAAUACUAUACAAGGAAUUGACAAUAUCAAGUUCGAUGAUGAAAGUGUUAUCCAAACAUUAUAUGUAGAUUCCAAUGAUGAGUAUUUGGUCAUAGGGUAUAAUGGAUCAGUUGAAGUGAAUGGAGAUGAUUUGAAAGGAGGAGUUAUCAUCUAUGAUUUAAAGAAUAACACUGUUUCAAGUUUCCAACCAGCAGACUUAAGUACUUCCAAACAACUAGAAAUCAAUAGUAUUGUUUUGUAUAAUGAAGGCAAUAAAUUAUUAGUUGGAGGAAAUUUCGAAAAUGCUGGAUCAUUAGAUUGUUCAACUUUAUGUAUUUAUGAUAUCGACAAUACCAGAUGGGAAAGUCCAACAUCUGGAUUAGGUGGUAAUAUCAAAGAUUUAAUGUUUAUAAAAACCAAUGAAAUCUUGAUUGCUGGAGAUUUGACUUAUGAUGGUGAUAUCAACUUCAUAACUUAUGAUAUAAAGAAUGAUAAGUUCAAAACCGUUGAUAAUUUGAAUGAUGUUCCAAGCAAUUCCACCAGUUUCUCCAAAGUACUUAUUAGUGAUGACAAUAAUGAUAAUAUUGGAGAUUUGAAAGGGAAAUUAUUAGCAUAUGGUAAAGAUUUCAUUAUUGGUUUUGAUGGAUCUAAAUGGUCAAAUAUCAAUGGAAUCUCCGGUGAUAUCAAAGACAUGAAAUUAAUCUCCAGUGAAAAAUCUGGUAAUGAUAAAUAUUUCGGUAAAGAUAAUGUAUUAUUAGUUAGUGGUCAAUUGAAUUUGGAUACUUAUGGAUUAGUUAAUUUAGCUAUCUUUGAUGGAUCAAAAUGGUACCCAUGGGUUUAUUCCACAUCUAAUGGUAAUUUGGGAACCAUUAAUUCUAUACUUAUCAAAGAUGAAUUCAGAUUAUUAUCUUCUGAAGAUAUUAAAUCUAAAAAAUCUGUUUUAUCAAAAGGUAAGGUUGUAGGAAUCUCAUUGGCUUGUGCUUUAGGUUCGAUGACUUUAUUGAGUUUGUUAUAUAUUAUUCCAUACUUCUUAUUAUUUAGAAGAAAAGAUAAUGUUGUUAAUGAGAGAAUUGGUGAAAGAGAAAUGAUGAAUGCUGUCAAUCCACAAGAAUUAUUCCAUGAAAUUGACUUACAAAGGAAUCAUUAA